CAGAUACUGUUAAAAAAGUUCAAAAAAUAAUAAACAAAAAAAAUAUUAAAAUUGAAGAUAAAUUGGUCGAUGAACUUUGUAAUCAAAUAUUAUCAUCACUAUCAUCAAAUAGAACUGCUCCAAUUACUAGAAGUCAUAGCAAUAAAAAAGAUGAAGAUGAAGAGGUUGUUGCUAGCAAAAAAGUCACUAAAAAAAAUAAUACUACUGCCAAAGCAAAAAAUAAUACUACUGCUAAAGCAAAAAAUGAAGAGGAUGUUGCUAGCAACGAUGGGUAUUGUAAUCUAAAAUCACUAAGUACUGGAAUAAUAAAUAUUCCAUAUCAAUAUAAAACAAAAGAUCAAAUAAAACAAGAGCAAGAGAAUCUUAAAAAUUUGCCACCAUUAAAUGAACAUGACAAAAUUUAUGAGGCUAUUUAUGAUCAGUCUGAACAAAUUGAACAAUUGGAAACAGAAAUUGUAAAAAUAAACGUAGAAAUUGGACACCUUAGAGAAUUAUUAUCAAACCCUGAAGUGAGGCCAAAAUAAAGAAAAGGAAAUAGAUUUAUAUUUUCAACUCGCUGAGAAAGAAAAGGAAAUAGAAAGAUUAAAAACAUUUACUUAUAAACCCCUGUUACCCCCCAUAUAUAUACCACCCAAAUUUAAUGAAAUUGCCGAAUUAAAAUCUCAACUCGCUGAUAAAGAAAAGGAAAUAGAAACAUUAAAAACAUCUACACUCCUGAAUAAUAAUUAUACAUUUAAUGAACAAAAUGAAAAAAUUGAAAAAUUACAAUUUGAAAUCGAAGGAAAAGAAAAAAAAAUAGAAACAUUAAAUGAAUAUAAAAAAAAUAAAAAAAAUAAAUAUAAAUCAUUAAAAGAAAAAUUUUUAGAAAUUGAAGAUAAAUUAUCUUCUUUGGAAAAUGAAAAUAAUAGCUUGAAAAAAAACAUUAAUAAAAAUAAUGAUGAUGAUGAAAAUUUGGAUUUCAAAAAAUAUCUAGAGGAUGAAAAAAAUAGAUUAUUAGAAAGCAAUAGUAAAAUUUCAAAAGAACUUAGUUUUUUUAAAAAUAAAUCUAAACAAUUUGAAGAUGAAAAUAAACAAAAAAGUGAUGAAAUGACUGAAAAAAUUAAUGAAAAUACUGAAAAAAUUAAAAAUUUAACAGAUGAAAAUAUUACAUUAUCAAAAGAAAAAACUACAUAUUUUUAUAGAAUAAAUAAUUUAGAACAAGAGCUAGAUGAAAAAAAAGAAGAAAAUACUGAGCUAAAAAAAGAAUUAGAAAAAAAAGAAGAUGAAUUAAAAAAUUUAACUACAGAGAAAACUAAAUUGGAACAAGUAUGUGACGACAAUAAAAUAAAAUAUGAUAUGAUAGAAACAGAAAAUAAAGAAAUUAUUGAAACAAAAGAAAAUGUAAAACAAAUUUUCGAAACAGAAAAAAUAAAAAUAAAAAAUUUUUAUAUGCAGCAAAUUAAAAAUAAAGAAAAUGAAAUUACUGAAAAAGAAGAAGAAAUAGAAAGAUUAUUAAACAUUGAAACAAAACUCAAAGAAAGUGUUGAAGAUUUAACAAGUGAUUUAGAAUUAGAAAAAGAAAAUAAUCAAAAAUUAAAUAAUAAAUUGUCAGCAAAUGAAACACAAUUAAAUUAUUAUAAAAAAAAUGGUAAUGAUGCUAACGAAGCUUUAAAAGAAAAAUGUAAUCAAUUAGAACAUUUAAACGAAGAAUUAAUAAAAGAAAAAAAAAAUUUAAAUUUAUCUAUUUUAAAAGCAGAACAAAAAACCAAAGAAUUAGAAAAUGAUAUAAAAAUUCUAGGUCAAGAAAAAAAUGAAGAAAUUAGAAAAACUUCUUCUAUACAAUCAGAAUUAGAAAAUUUAAAAUUACUUAAUGAGACAAAUAAAAAAGAAAUACAAAAACAAAAAGACGCUAUAGAUCAUUCUAAAAAUAUAAUGAAUGAAAUAAAUUCAAAACUUGAUGAUGAAAAUACAAAAAAUUCUAGAUUAAGUAAAAGCCUUGAAGAAAAUAAAAAAAAUACAGAGAAAUUAACUAUUAUAAUACAAACAAAAGAUGGAGAAAUAGAAUUAUUAGAUCAACAAAUUAAAAAACAUAAAAUCGAUAUUAAUAAAUUAAAAACUGAGGAACAAAAAAAAAUUACAGAAUUCAAUAGCUUAAAAUUAGAAAUUGAAAAUCAAAAUGAAUUACUUAAAAUUAAAGAUGACACUAUCGAAAUAUUUAAAAAAGCUGAUGGAGAAAAUAAAACAUCUACUAAAAAAUUUGAAAAUCAAAUUGAAAGUUUAAAAAAAGAAAUCAUUCAGAAUAGUCAAACUCAAAUAGAAAACGAAAAAAAUAUUGAAAAUCUUAAUAAUAAAAUUAAUAAUAAUAAAAUUCAAUAUAUAGAAGACAAAAAAAAAUUAGAAGAUAAAAUCAAAGAGUUAACUAAUUCUUUAGAUACAACAAAAAAAGAAUUUUCAUCUUCAAAACAUGCACAUCAGAAAGAAUUAGCAAAUAAAAAUGAAAAAAUCAAAGAGUUGACUUACUCCGCCAAUCAAGUAUCAAAUAAUAACUAUUUGGAUUUUUAUAAUAAUAUGCAGAAAAACAAUAAUAAUAAUGAUAAUAAUAAUACUAUUUAUAAAAAUUGUAUUUAUGGAAUUAUAAAUUUAUUUUAUUAUUAUAUUUUUCAAGAAUAUAAAAAUUUAGAGAAUGAUACUACAAAAAAAUGUGAAUUAUUUUAUAAACAUUUUAUCGAUAUUUUAGAUAAAUAUGGAGUUGAUGAGAAUAUUGUAGAUUCACUUUUAUCCAAAUUAAAUAUAAUAAUACCAAAGGAUACGAUGUAUAUAUUUUUUACUUGUAUUUCAACUAUUGAUACAUCAAUAUCAAUUUCUUUAACUUUGAUACAAAUAAACGAAAUCAAAAAAUAUUCAAAUUUAUAUUUAAAUAAUUAUUAUAUUAUCAGUGAAAAAGAAUUAUAUGAUUGGUUACAAUUUCCAAAAAAUAAAACGUUUCAAAAAUUGGACUAUAAAAAAUGUUUGAAUGAAAAUGGAAAUUUAUAUUUCGAAAUUAAUGAUAAAUGUGUUGAAUGUGGUGCGAAAUGUUUAUACAGCGGUGAGAAUUGUAGAACUUUUAAUUGUGGUUUUUUAACUUGUAAUAAUUGUAUUAAUAAAUCAAAAAAUAUUUCUUCAGCACCAAGAAAAAUAUACACAAAAUUAUGUUUUCUAUGUAUUCAAAAAUCUACAAAAACUAAUAAAUGUGUUAAUUGUCAAAAUUCAAUUAUAGAUAAUAAUAAUAGUGAUGAAAUAGUUUCAAAGAAAAAGAUUUUUUGCUCAAAUUGUGAAAUAAAUGAAGAAUUUUUUAAAAAUGAUACAAAUAGCUAUGAAGCCAUUUAUGAAACUAAAAACACAAAUUCUAAAAAAAGAUCUUUAAGAAAUAAUGAAGAAAAAAAUAAAAGAUCUUUAAGAAAUGAUAAAGAAAAUUUAGAAGAAAUUAAUGAAGUGAGAGGAGAAAAAUUUUUAAAAAUAGAACCGGCUGGACAUAAAUAUUAUUGUGAAGAAAAAAAAAUAAUUAUAAAUCAAAAAAUACUAGAUUUGAUACUAAAACAAAACCCAGGUUAUCAAUUAAAUGACCAAAACAAUAGUAUAAAUAUUAAUAUUCAUUCAAAUCUUUUAAAAACAUUCCCAAAACUAUUAUUAGAAAACUGUGCUGAUAAUCAGGUAUUAAAUUUUACUAGGAUGGCAUGUAAAAAAUGUAAUACAUAUGAUAAUUUAGUAUCUUGUAUUAUGAAAUGUGGUAGUGCAAGCUAUUGCAAAGCUUGUAUCGAAAAAAAUUGUCCAAAACCUGAAUUACAAAAAUUUUUUUUAGAGAAAAAAAUUUGUUUUGAUUGCCUUGGUAAUUCAAUUACAUAUAAAGUUUGUGUUUAUUGUAAAAAUAAUAAUAGUUUGGAAUUAGAUAAAACUAAUUUAUUUUAUUGUUGCAAAAAUUGUUCAGAACAUAAUAUAUAAUUUUAAACUUUUUAUUAAAAAAAAAAAAAAAAAAAAAAAUAAAAAAAAAUAUUUUUACUUAAAAUCGAUC